AUGGUGUCCUCGUUCACCCUUGAACAAUUUUUCGAUGCUUGCGAAUCGUGGAAUUUGGAAGAGGUUCAUAAAAUUAUAAAUUCUGGCUUCAACAUUGAUUCGUUUGAUGAUGAUCAUGUCACUAGCUUACAAAUGGCUGCUGCUACAGGAAAUAUUGGCAUUGUGGAGUUCCUACUUGACCAAGGUGCCGAUAUUGAAAAAAGCAAUCAAGUCGGCAUGACUCCUCUUCAUCACGCAUGUAAAAAUGGUCAUAUUCACGUUGUGCGAAUACUUAUUCAACGAGGAGCGAAUUAUCAAAAAUUAACGUAUCUUGGCGCUUCUCCAAUGACAUUAGCAGCCGCUGGAGGACAUUUGGAUCUCAUCAAGCUUCUUUUAGAUCUAAAAGUUAGUGUUAAUCCAACGCAUACAGCUCUUUGUCCAACUCCUAUUAUUGCUGCAGCAUUCAGACGCCAUACUCAUAUUUGUGCCCUAUUAACCCACAGGGGUGCAUAUUUGGAUGGGCAUAUUCAGCGUUUGGCGAAUCUUUCAGCACUUUCAACUGUGAUUAUUUGUGGUAAAAUCCCAAUGUUGACUGCUUUACUGGAACUUGGUGCUAAUCCACAUUUUAGAUCUCUUCGUGAACAAACCGCUCUUGAACUUGCAAAAUCCUUAAAAAGAAACGAUGUUAUUGAGCUAUUAACAUCAAAAACUCUAGUUUCAGCGAAAGAAAAACCAUCUGAAGUGGAUUUAAGAGAACGAAUAAUCCGAAACGAUGAAGAAGCAGUCAAAAAUAUAUUACAUAAUAAAAUACCGUAUUUACCAUUCCCAGAAAAUACUUCACCCCUAAUGUAUGCGGUACUUACUGCUGAUACACCGAUCCUGAAAACGAUUAUAGAAGCGGAUAACAAUAAUAUAAAUAUGGCCGAAAGUGUAUCUGGUCUAACAUCAUUAAUGUUUGCCACAAUUAUUGGGAAUCAUGAAGCAGUUCAGAUUCUUCUGGAUGCUGGUGCGGAUGUCUCAUUAAAAUCAUUCGAUGGAAACUUGAGUUCCGAUCUACUUUGUCGUUUGCAACAACUUGAAAUUGGUUCUUUACCUCCGACAAAAAUAGAAACUUAUCAUAAUUUUGGUCGAAUGAUCCACAGUAGUAGCGCGAAAAUCCUCAAUAAAUUAGCUCAUCAUGUACCACAUGUUCCUCUUGGAAUGACGGUCAAUUUUUCAAGAAAUUCGACAAAAAAUGAUGAUGAUAACAAUAUGUGGCGUGAAAAUUUUAAAAAUCUUUUACGAGUCUAUGAUAACAAUGAUAAUAAUGAUGUGUUUAUCACUGCCAGUGAUAUAUUACGAUCGAUUGCACCAGCGAUGAAAUCUUCGAAAAUUGAUAAAAAACAUAAUUGUAUCAGAUUAGGGCGAACGCUAGCUGAGAUGUAUUUAAGUCAUGGAUUACUUCCAUCGCCUAUCGGAUUCUUAGUAGAGAAUUCGAAAUCUAAUCCAGCGUUACUAAACUAUGGCAAAUUCGAUUUAUUAAGCUCUUCAAAAUCAUCAAACGAACGUCGUUUCGAUAAAUCGAAUAACGUCACACGUCAUCAGUCUUCGAUAGAACGGGGUUCAUCAAGUACUUUGGGUACGACACCACGUAUGCGGAAAAGAUCGCAGGGAACGAUAACAGUUAAUAAUAAUAAUGGAGUGGAAGAGAGUGGAAGAUUAUCACCAUCUAGGCAUUCACUGAAUCAAUACACUUUUGCCUUAAAAGAGGAUGAUAAGCCCCUUAGGAAAAAUCAUAGUAAGCGAAUAUGGAAUUUAAUGAUUGAAUCUGGUCUUGACAAUUAUAUCGAAUUAUUUCGAUCAGAAGAAAUCGACAAAACCACAUUCCUCUCGUUGACCAACGAUGAUCUAAUCGACCUUGGAAUUCGAAAUGCUACUCAUCGAAAUCGCAUUUUAAAGCUUGUUAAAGAUUUAAAUAACGGGAAGAGUUGA